CACUAAACUUAGUAUUUACAGAUCACUGAUCUGUCUGACACUUAUGGUGAGCAUUCAGGCGUAAGUUAUCCAGCCACGACAUUCAAAUUACUUUAUAAUUGUACUGGUCAUUAGGAAAUAAUUGCCCCAUAUUAGGCUUUUGGCCUGUCAAUUUUUCAAGAAAUACUAAACGCGCAUUUUGUUAGUAUAAAUGCCUUAAAGCCCGAUCGCUUAGCCCAAGAUCACGCUAUCCAAGAUGUCAGCAAGGUGAUAUAAUCGGAGUACAGAACAAAACAAAAGACAGCGAUAAUAACUCGUCUUGAACUGAAUUUAAUGAUAUGGCAUCGGGGAUGACUAACCUCUUAUUAUCUUGUGGUCAGCAGAGGCACUAGACCCACUUGAAUCUGAAAGGAUUCAUGACAUUCUCCUGGGAGGAAAUUCCCCAAGGUGAAUGCAAGAGAGAGAGAGAGUUACAUACGUUUUCGGGGGUCUGAAGUUUUGUUUAUCUCAGUUUUUAAGAUAGUUAAAAAGCUUCCACUCUUAGGUGUGUUUUAAGAGAACGCCGAAAGAGAUAAGACAACGAGCUUCUUGUGACUUUUGGAUGGAGAAGCACUUUCAGUGACGAUAAAAGUGGCCGCGGAUCAAGUUGGGCCGCAAAACUUUCCAUACACAUCAUAUAAUAGACAACAGAUUAGUUGACCCACAAGUAACAACAAAUAGAACCAUGCUGUCACAGAAUUUGCGACUCGUCCGGGCAUUUGUUAAUUAUGGAGUUUGCCGCCAGAGCUUGAGAAACUUUGCAGCCGCUGGAGAUAAAAACAAAGGCCACGAUAAUGACAGCGAUGUGGACGAGCGACACCCACUGCAUGGUAUCCGGAUUUUGGACUUAUCUCGAAUUAUUGCCGGUCCGUAUUGCACCAUGGUUCUAGCGGAUCUCGGAGCGGAGGUUAUCAAGGUAGAGCGUCCGCAUUUUGGUGACGAAGCCCGGAAGUGGGGACCACCCUUCCUAAAGGAGAGUAAAGAUGCCGCCUAUUUCCUAGCUCCUAAUCGCAACAAACGAAGCAUCUGCAUCGAUAUCAAACGAGGUAAAAAACUGCUUUAUCAGCUGGCCGAGAUCAGCGAUGUGUUGGUCGAGAACUAUGUGCCUGGAACAUUGGAGCGCUAUGGCUUAGGCUACGAACAGUUGCGUAAGGUGAACCCGAAACUAAUCUAUUGUUCUAUGACGGGUUACGGCUCUGUGGGACCUUAUGCCAAGCGACCAGGCUAUGAUGUGAUUGCCUCUUCUGUGGGUGGACUGAUGCACAUCACCGGCGAGCGCGAUGGACCGCCUAGCAAGGUGGGCGUGGCGGUAACAGACAUGUCCACCGGGCUCUAUGCCCAUGGAGCUAUUUUGGCAGCUCUCUAUCAACGGACCCGCACUCAACAUGGUCAGAAGAUCGAAGUUGAUCUGCUGUCCACAUGCUGCUCCCUAUUGCUUAAUGUGGGCAGUAACUAUCUAAACGCAGGAGUUGAAGCUGGGAGAAUGGGAACUGCUCACUCUAGUAUAGUUCCAUACCAGAGCUUUAAGACUAAAGAUGGUUAUCUCACUGUGGGAACUGGCAGUGAUGCUCAGUUUGAGGAUCUGUGUCGUCGCUUAAAAGUGGAUCAUUUGCCACAGGAUCCAAAGUUUAAGACCAACAAGGAUCGUGUUCAAAAUCGAGUGGAGCUAAUAAGAAUCUUGGAAGAAAUGCUGUCUGAGGACACCUCUCGCAACUGGAUGAAGCUCUUUGAUGGCGCCUCCUUUCCCGUCGGACCUGUAAACUCCAUUCCCGAGGUUUUCGAGGACGAACACAUCAAGGCCAUUGGCCUGGUAAAAAGCCUAAGGCAUCCGAAAGACGGUUCUGUUAAGGUUGUUGGCCCGCCUGUCGUUUUUAGUGAAGCACGGAACGAUGCCCGGACUGCUCCUCCGACUCUGGGUCAGCAUACUGAUCAAGUUCUGGGUGAGCUAUUGGGCUAUGGACUGGAAGAGCUGGCCAAACUGAAGAAAGAUAAUAUUAUUCAGUGACCAAGAGGAACUUUAUAAAGAUAUUUAUUAGUCUUAAAAUCCAGUGUUACUUUCACUGAUAGACAAGCAUUUACAAUAAAAACUUAUAUUAAAUUUACAGAAACAUAAACGAAAUUAUUUAUAAGGUAUAAAAUUAAUUGAAAAUAUACCAAAUAUAUCCCACUUUAACUGCAAA